GGUUCCUUAACGGUGGAUGUUGUAGAAGUUGAAGGACGACGUGGAUUUAGUGAUAUUGCAGAAAACGCAGAGCGUGUGUUGGUGUGAGGAAUGAAUGAUCAAUGUCCCAUCAGGAGCAAGCCUUAGUGUCCCUUCUCUCCCAACUCGCCCUUUCCUUCGACGGCGCCGUUUUGGGCUUCGCCUUGGCCUACGCCGCCAUCCGCACCCUCUUCAAAUUCUCCGCCACCUCUGCCGCCCUCCGCAAGCUCCGCCGCGCACCUUACCUCUCUGUUUCCGACCUCCGAUCACUCCUCGCCGAUACUCCCUCUGACGCCGACUCUACCUCUGACGGUGGUACAAUCGUAAUUGUUCGCGGCACCGUUGAUGCCAAGUCUGCCGUCGAUGGCUCCUGGAAAACCCUCAGACCGGGCGUCUUGGUCUCCCGAGAGUCCGGUGAUAAAGGCGUCAUCCUUCAAAGAACUCAAACGUGUAUAUACAAUGAAUGGAAAGGAUUAUUUGGAUGGACUUCUGAUCUUCGGGCCAUAUUUGCAAGAUCUUGGAGACAGCAAGAGUCUACAUCUUUAAGGAAGGUGCCUUUUGUUCUAAUUGAUGUUGGACGGCGACCAUCUACUCCUGAGUAUGUUGUUGUCAACAUGGAUGGCUCAAGGCAUCCAUUGCCUCUGACAACGGUUUAUCAUAAAUUGCAACCAAUAAAUGCUUCUCCUUAUACUUUCUUGCAAGCACUUUUUGGGCAUGAAUAUCCGGUUGGACUGCUAGAUGAAGAGAAAAUACUUCCAUUGGGGAAGGAUAUCACUGCUGUUGGCCUUGGCAGUUUAAAUAAUGGAGUUGUUGAAAUAAAGUCAUGCAAAGAUCUACCAUAUUUUUUAUCUGACUUGAGCAAAGAUCAGAUGAUAGUGGAUCUUUCCAUCAAAACGAAAAUUCUGUUUUGGGGUGGUGUUGCUCUCGGUUCAAUGUCAGUUGGGAUCCUUGGCUAUGCAGUUGUGCGGAACUGGAAUAAGUGGAAACAGUGGAAGCUACAGAGGCAGCUCCAGCAACAAAGGCAAGCAGUGAGUGAUGUUGAACCUCAGGUGGAUGAUGAGAUUGAAGAUGUUCCAGAUGGACAAUUAUGUGUUAUAUGUCUGAUGAGGAGAAGGCGUUCUGUCUUCAUCCCCUGUGGGCAUCUUGUGUGUUGCCAAGGGUGUGCCAUAUCAGUUGAACGUGAAGUGGCACCUAAAUGCCCUGUUUGUCGUCAGGAGAUUCGAAAUUCAGUGCGGAUUUUUGAAUCAUGAUCAGACACCAGCUGAAUGUUCUGUUCACUCCUGCGGCAGGAAACUUUAACACCUGCUAAUGAGAAGAAUGUGCUUUUUGUUUUGAUAAGAUAUGGAAUAUGGAAUUUUUGGGAAAACUUGUCUUGCUCUUGUUUCCUGUGAACUUAUGACUUUAUCUGGGGUAGAUAAUUGGACAUGGCUUAAAUUGUUUGGUCGAGGUUAAUUCGUAGCUUCCUCACUUUCUCACUCUGCCAGGUCUUUUUGGGAAACCUUGCAAGAUUUUCCAACUAAUCCAGUUGCAGUGUACAUAAAUACUUAAUUUUGCCUUACACCUAUAGAAUGAACUCUGAUAUGCUCUUGUUCA